UCUUCAAUCGUAAACAGAUUAAUGUCAAAUGUUCAUAAAUUGGAAAAUACAUUGAAAUUAUUUGCUGAAGAAAUGGAAUGUGAUGAAGUGAUACUAUUUGAGCGGGCUACUUUGCUUGUAGUAGCUAAGUAUGUACGUGUACCACCUAGUGAUGAAAAAAGACCUCAAAGGGUUUCAAAAACUAUAAAAAACUUCAAAGCAAAAUUGGACCGAAACAAGAUAUCCCAUGACCUGUUUGAAAUUAAGCUUUCGAGGUUAACAAUAUUCAUACACAAAUUUAUAUUUGAUACGUUUUUAAUGGUUGUGACACGCGAUACAUUGACCGAAUUGAUUUCGUUCAACAUCAAAAGCUUAAAAGCACAUUUUUCAAAAUUAUUACAAGACAGCUGCCAACAACCAAAAACAAGUGGUUAACACAAAGUGAUGUUUGGAUGAGGAAAUCAGAAACUAUUUUGGAAAUAUCUUGAACCUAAUUAUUAAAAAAUAUCAAUUUCUUAUGUUUUGAUUCCUUCUUUAAUAUGUUCCUUAAUUGUUAAUGUUCCUAAUUUGUUUAAUGUUCAAUUUUAUCACAAAAGAUUUAGCAAAAAUCUGUUUUGAUAAAAAUUAUUAAUUCAGAA